AUGGCGCUUACACGUGCCAUGCUCGUGCUAGCCAUGUCCUUUGCUUUCGUGUCAAUGUCCAAAGGUCAAGCUCCCUCUCCUGCACCAACAGCCACAGAUUUAACACCACCACCAAGUGCACAAGUGGUGGCUCCCACCACUUCUCCGGUUGCACCGUCGCCAAGUGCCGAAACUCCAACCCCAUCUGCCAUCUCAUCACCACCUUCGCCCUCUGCACCAUCAUCAUCAUCAUCACCAUCACCAUCAUUCAUCGUUCAUGGUGGCCCAACUUCUCCCUCGCCGUUAUCACCGUCCAUUGGAGAACCUCCCGUGGCCUCAAGUCCAAGCAACGCGUUUGUUCAUGGAACCAGCUUCGCCAUGAUGGUAGCAUUGUUUGGUGGUGCUGCACUUGUGCUUAUUGCUUAA